UUACUAUUAUUGUUAUUGAGGAAAAGCUAAAUUUGUUUAUUAUACAUGGAGGCUAAGUUAUCAGGUCUGCCCCAGAAAGGUCACAUCUCGCUCCACUUCCUGGGAUCAAGAGUCCCUGAGGAACCAUCAGGUGGGUGGACUAAGGACGUAAGUACAGCACAUAGGAACAGCCUGGCUCAGUGUCCCUGUGACUGCCGGACAGGGAAGGUGUGCCGCUCCCGCUCUCAUUUUUUUUUCUUUCUGAAGAUAUUCUUAACUCAUGGACUUAAAACCAUCUUUUAUAUUAAAAAACAAAAGGCUGCGGGUUUUUUUUUUUUAGAAGACUUGGAGAUAAAUGUUUAGGCUAGUACUGGUUUUUUGUCAAAACUCGCGUUUUUUGGCUUCCAAUUGUUGAGUUGAAAAUAUUAUUAUUAUUAAAGUGAUUUAUUGACCCUCGUGACCAGUGAAGUUAUCUUGAUGCUAUCUUAGUAUCUUGAUGCUAUCUUAGGUUGUAGCAGAGACGGUCAUGCACACAGUUCUGGGUCUAGUGUUGGCACUCUCCACCUGUGCACUCGUCCAAGGUCUGAGGGUGACGGCGGUGGAGGUGCCACGUGUGGUGCUGGUGGGGGAGAGUGCCACACUGAGGUGCCACUUCGCACUGCGUGGGGAGGCACUGUACUCCCUCAAGUGGUGGAAGGGAGGAAGGCAGUUCUAUCAGUUUAUCCCCAGAAACUCUCCCAAGAUGGUGGCUUUCACUAGUCCUGGAGUCAGAGUUAAUAUUGCAGGUUCUGGUCUUCACCAGGUGCAGCUGGUGCAGUUACAGAGGUCGUCGAGUGGGUUGUACAGGUGUGAGGUGGUAGGUGAGGCACCUACCUUCACCACCCACGCUAGAGCUGCCAACCUCACAGUCAUAGACACACCAGACGGACCACCGGUGGUCAGAGGACUGCAUCACGCCGGGUACCGUGACGGCGAAAUUAUUCAUCUCAACUGUACCUCGUACCACUCCUGGCCCCCGCCCAUCCUCUCCUGGGUGUUGCUCCUCCCCGACGCCCAAACUAGCCAUACCCACACCGGCCUCGGCUUCUCCAACCAUGCUGCCAACAACGCCAUCACCAUCGGUGACUUUAAUGGUGUGAAAAGUACUGAUCACCACCACGCCCACACUAGCCAUGAUCAUCACCACGCCCACACUAGCCACGAUCACCCCCACGCCCACACCAGCUAUACACAUCACACCUACAGUCACGCCAGCAAUGCCAUUAGACACGCCCAUCAAUACUCCAAACAAGCCCAGUACUACGAUACCAGCCCUGGCCACAAGCCUGGCCAUAACCCUGGCCACAAGCAUGGCCACAAGUAUGGCCAUAACCCUGGCUACAAGCCUGGCCACAAGCCUGGCCACAACCCUGGCCACAAUCUCCUCCACUAUACGGUAGACGAGGCCCUAGUCAUCAGGUAUCCCCUGAGAAGCACCUGGGCAGGUGGACAGGACUCACCUACGUCUCCAGGUGAGGUACCUACCUUCUCGGCCACGCUGGGUCUCCUACUGCCUGCCUCCCGUCACCUAGCACCUUAUGGCUCCUUCAAACUCAGAUGCCGUGCUGAGGUGGAGGAGUACGCCUGGGUGACGGAGGUAGAGAUAGAGGUAGCAAGAACUACUCUGGAUGAACCUCACCACCUGCCAGCACUGCUCAACACUCACCACACCCACUCAGGUGGUGACGAGAGGAGGAACUGUGCCUUGGUGAUGGUGAUGAUGACUCUGUGUCUGGCUGAGUGACACUGUCAACACGUGACACCAUCAACACGUCAUACUAUCAACAGGUGACACCAAGUGUUACACAGGUCAACAAGUGACACAGUGAUCAGGUGACACAGCGGCUCAUGAUGGCAUGACAAAGACCCUACAACAAAUUUUCAAUGUGACAACAUUUCUCCUAGUACUGUGACUUCAGCACUACAGAGCGGUCAACCUCGUCCCAACAAGAGCUGUCCUCAAGGCUCUUAAUUCAAGGCACUGGACUUACCUUCACCUUCCUUGAAUCAACUCUAAAGGGUCACUCAUACCCCAAGCGCUGUACAACAUACACGUGUGUCAAGGAAAUAAACCCGAGUUUCUGACCUUGUGUUACCCUGGGUGAAUAUCAUGGUAGAAUUUACUGAAUAUAUGAGACAAUGCUCGUUAUGGUAUUCUAUUGUCAAAAUGCCAUAACCCGCAGUGUUAUCCCAGGUUAUCCUUGUGUUAACUCUAUGUAAUGUACCAGUGUUGUUUACCUGGAGGAUAUGUAAGUCCUCUUAGUCAGUGUACAGAAUUAUAUUACACUGUAAAAUACUGAUUCUUUGUGAAUUCACUUUAGUUUAUAGUAAAGUAGUAGAGUUAGUUAUAGAAGUGGUAGAGUUAGAGGUUAUAGAAGUGGUAGAGUUAGAGGUUAUAGAAGUGGUAGAGUUAGAGGUUAUAGAAGUGGUAGAGUUAGAGGUUAUAGAAGUGGUAGAGUUAGAGGUUAUAGGUGUAUAAUCAAAUAUUCAAUGAUAGUAGUAUUUAUAAUUAUCGUGAGAUGUAAGAUAUACUUGGGUAGUAAUUAUACUGUGCUCAACAUAAAUUACUUUUAUUGCACCUCUACUAACUGAACCUGUCGUCUGAGUUGUUAUACUUUGUCUUACUGAUUGUCUUCUUGUCAUAUAAGAGAAAAUUUUAGAAAGGACUUAAUCUUAAAUGAGUUCUUGAUAAUUGACCAAUUUUACCUAUUCGGCAAUGCAGAUCGUCCUAAACAGAAGCUUAGCUCUGGUAGCUAAAGCUCUCGGUUCACACGGCGAGGGUCUGGGUUCGAUUCCCAGCCAAGGUAGAAACAUUGCGCGUGUUUCUUUACACAGGUUGUCUAUGUUCACCCAUCAGUAAAUAGGUACCUGGGUGUUAGUGGACUGGUGUGGGUCGCAUCCUGGGACAAAACUGACCCAAUUUGCGGGAAAUGCUCAGUAUAACAAGGGACUUUCUAUAUAGUAGUAUGUCAUUGAUGUCAGCUAUGGUCUGUAUACCUUGCACAUGUACUUGUAGCAAAUAAAAAUAUUAUUAUUAUUUGCUUACUUUCUAUCAAAUUUAAAG